GCGUCGUUGCCAACAAUUGCCGCUGCGUAGCAAUGUCGUUUCAGUUCAGCCUUGAACAAGCAGCUGAUCCACAUGGCCCAACACAAAACUCCACAAACACUUCAUUCUUCCUCCUUCCCUCUCUCUCCUCUGUUCAUGGACCUUCUUCCUCGCUUCUUUAUAUUCGCCUUUUUCCUUCUUCCCAUCCACGGCACUUCCAUUGCACUUGAUUCUCUUCGUCAGUCGCAGUUCCUCAGGGACAAUGGAACUACCUUGGUUUCAAAAGACGGCACCUUUCAACUUGGUUUCUUUGCUCCCGGUCCUUCCACCAAACGUUACCUUGGCAUUUGGUACAAGAACAUCCCGGUUCAAACCGUUGUCUGGGUUGCAAACCGCCUCAACCCGGUCAACGACUCAUCUGUUGCCUUAACCAUGACCACUUCCGGCGAUCUCGUUUUGUCCCAAAACAACACUGUUCUUUGGUCUACAAAUUCCACGGCCAAACCACAGAGUCCAACCGCCCGGCUCUUGGAUUCUGGAAAUCUGGUGGUGAUAGAUGAGAACGGAGCAGACCCGGAUGAAUAUUUAUGGCAAAGCUUUGACUAUCCGUCUGACACGUUAUUGCCAGGUAUGAAAUACGGAUGGGACUUGAAAACUGGUAGGCAAUGGUAUUUAACAGCUUGGAAGAGCCCGAAUGAUCCGUCUCCUGGAGAAUUAACUUGCGCUGUGGUCCUCUAUAACUAUCCCGAUUCGUAUAUCAUGAAGGGAACCCAAAAAUUUUACCGAUUUGGACCGUGGAAUGGUGUUCGUGGGAGCGGUGGUCCUGAAAUAAAGCCCAACCCUGUUUUCCAAUACACCUUUGUUGACAAUAAGGAUGGCUACUACUACACGGACCUUAUCAAUAAUAAUUCUGUGUUGACGAGAUUGGUGUUGAAUGAAACAGGGUCUGCUCGGUAUCGUUAUGUAUGGCUGGAAAGUAUCAAAACGUGGCAGGUUUAUUCGACGAAGCCAAUAGACUACUGCGAUACCUAUGGCCUCUGUGGACCAAAUGGGAAUUGUAUCAUUUCCGAUUCGCCAGUAUGCCGAUGCUUAAAAGGUUUUACGCCUAAGUCACCUGAACACUGGAAUUCGGUGGACUGGACUGAUGGAUGUGUGCGAAAUAAACCUCUGAACUGCUCCGAAAAAUACAAAGAUGGGUUCAUUAAAUUGACGGGAAUGAAGGUGCCAGACACAACGCUGUCUUGGCUUGAUCGGACAAUGAAUCUAGAGCAAUGCAGACGGAUGUGCUUGGAAAAUUGUUCUUGCACGGCCUAUACUAAUUCAGAUAUCAGAGGGGGAGGUAGUGGUUGUGCCUUGUGGUUUGGGAAUCUAAUUGAUGUCAGAUAUUAUGCAUCUGGGGGCCAAGAUCUGUACGUUCGAAUGGAUGCUUCAGAAUUUGAAUCUGAGAAUAAAAAGAAGUUAAUAAUGAUAGUUACUAUCUCCAUUGGCGCAACUCUUGGCAUGCUCUUAGUUGGGGGCUGUAUCAUCUACAGAGUCAGCAGAAACAGGAAAGCUAACUCAGAAGAUGUAAAAGAUGAUAUUCAAUACGAUGAGAGUCCACAGGAUGAUCUAGAUCUCCCCCUGUUUGAUCUUGCAACAAUAGCAAAUGCCACUAGUGACUUCUCCAAGAAGAACAAACUCGGAGAAGGUGGAUUUGGACCUGUUUAUUGGGGAAAAUUAUUGAAUGGACAAGAAAUUGCGGUAAAGAGGCUUUCAAUAAAAUCAAGACAGGGAUUGGUGGAGUUUAAAAAUGAAGUAAAAUUCAUUGCAAAACUCCAACAUCGAAAUCUGGUGAAACUUCUCGGUUGUUGCAUCCAUGGACAAGAAAAAAUGCUGGUGUACGAAUACAUGCCCAAUAGAAGUUUGAACGCCUUCAUUUUUGAUAAAACCAAAGGAGAGUUGUUAGAUUGGUCUAGGCGUUUCCACAUAAUUAUCGGAAUCGGUAGAGGUCUUAUGUACCUUCAUCAAGAUUCAAGAUUGAGAAUUAUUCAUAGAGAUCUAAAAGCAAGUAAUAUUUUACUUGAUGAUAAGUUCAUUCCAAAAAUAUCAGAUUUUGGACUGGCUAAAACUUUUGAAGGAGAACAAACAGAAGGCAAUACAAAUAGAGUGAUGGGAACUUAUGGAUACAUGGCACCGGAAUAUGCUGCAGAUGGACUAUAUUCAAUAAAAUCUGAUGUCUUCAGUUAUGGUAUAUUAGUGUUGGAGAUUAUAUGUGGAAAGAAAAAUAGAGGUUUUUAUCUAGAAGACUUCAAGCACAACCUUAUUGGUCAUGCAUGGAUACUGUGGAACGAAGGAAGGGUUUUAGAAUUGAUUGAUAAGAACAUAGAUAUGUGCAAUGUAUCAGAAGUAUUAAGGUGCAUUCAUGUGAGUCUAUUAUGUGUGCAACAAAAUCCAGAGGACAGACCCACCAUAGCAUCUGCAGUCGUGAUGUUGGAAAGUGAAAUUGAACUUCCCAAGCCUAAAGAGCCUGGUUUCUUUCAUGGACAAGGUUCAGUUCAACCACACACUUCCAAAUCAAGUCCAAAGGAAUGUAGCUCAACCAAUGAAGUGACAAUCACCUUACUGGAAAAUCAAGAAGUAUGUGGAAUGAAAUUGAAGACAAAUGCAGAUAUAAAUUGGGUCUGGGCUCAUGGGAAAUUAAGAACGUACCAGAACUUCCCAGUUCAGACAGUGGUUUGGGUAGCAAACGGAGUCAACCCAAUCAAUGAUUCCUCUGCAGCCUCCUUAACACUUGACACCACUGGCCGCCUUGUCCUUAUACAAAAUGACACUGUCCAAUGGCACUCCACUUCGCAGAAACAAGUGCAGAAUCCAGUGGCCGAGCUCUUAGAUUCCGGGAAUCUUGUGCAUUCUCGUCUCAGCAAUCCAUCAGAAGCUUGGCGCACAAAAAGCUCAUUCUCACUCGUUGCCCUUGUUCUACUUUUCAUGGCCCUCCUUCCUUCCUUUAGUGUCUUCGUUUUCUUCCUUCUUUCCACCCUCAAGCCUUCCAUGGCAGCUGAUACCCUCCGUCCGUCCGAGUCUAUUGGGGACGAUGGGACCACCUUGGUUUCAAAAGAUGAAACCUUUGAACUUGGCUUCUUCUCUCCUGGAACUUCCAUCAAACGUUACCUCGGUAUUUGGUACAAGAACAUUCCGGUUCAAACCGUUGUCUGGGUUGCAAACCGCCUCAACCCAAUCAACGAUUCAUCUGUCACCUUAACUAUGACCACUUCCGGCAAUCUUGUCCUGUCCCAAAACAACACCGUUCUUUGGUCUACAAAUUCCACGGCAAAAGCAGAGAGUCCAACCGCCCGGCUCUUGGAUUCGGGAAAUCUGGUGGUGAUAGAUGAGGACGGAGCAGACCCAGACGCUUAUUUAUGGCAAAGCUUUGACUAUCCGUCUGAUACCUUGUUGCCCGGCAUGAAAUACGGAUGGGACUUAAAAACUGGUUGGCAGUGGUAUUUAACAGCUUGGAAGAGCCCAGAUGAUCCAUCUCCUGGAGAUUUGACUAGUGUUGAAGUGCUUCAUGGCUACCCCGAUUCGUAUUUGAUGAAGGGAAACAAAAGAUUCUACCGAUUUGGACCGUGGAAUGGCGUUCAUGGGAGUGGUGGACCUGAGAUAAAGCCCAACCCUGUUUUUCAAUACACCUUUGUCAACAGUAAGGAUGGGAUCUACUACAUGGACAUUUGGAAUAACAAUUCUGUAUUGACAAGAUUGGUAUUGAACCAAACAGAAUCUGCUCGGUAUCGUUAUGUGUGGCUGGAAACUACAAAAACAUGGCAGGUUUAUUCGACAAAGCCAGUAGACUAUUGCGACACCUAUGGCCUCUGUGGACCAAAUGGGAAUUGCAUCAUUUCUGAAUCGCCGGUGUGUCAAUGCUUGAAAGGUUUUACGCCUAUGUCGCCACGGAAUUGGAAUUCGGUGGACUGGGCAGAUGGGUGUGUCCGACAGAAACCUCUGAACUGCUCAGAGAAAGAAAAGGACGGGUUCAUUAAAAUGACGGGCAUGAAGGUGCCAGACACUACACAUUCUUGGCUUGACGAGACAAUGAAUCUAGAGCAAUGCAGACUGAAGUGCUUGGAGAAUUGUUCUUGCACGGCCUAUGCUGAUUCAGAUAUCAGAGGGGAAGGUAGUGGUUGUGCCUUAUGGUUUGGUGAUCUAACUGAUAUUAGAUAUUAUGCAUCUGGGGGGCAGGAUCUAUACGUUCGAAUGGAUGCUUCAGAAUUAGAAUCUGGGAAUAAAAAGAUGUUGACUAUGAUUGUUACUAUCACCAUUGGUGCAAUUUUUGGUAUGCUAGUUGGAGGCUGUGUCAUCUACAGAGUCCGCAGAAACAGAAUUGCUAAAUCAAAAGAUGUAAGAGACGAUAUUCAAUACAAUGAGGGUCCAGAGGAUGAUCUAGAUCUGCCUUUGUUUGAUCUUGCAACAAUAGCAAGCGCCACUGAUGACUUCUCAAAUAAGAACAAAAUCGGAGAAGGUGGAUUUGGACCUGUUUAUUGGGGAAAGCUAUUGAAUGGACAAGAAAUUGCGGUGAAGAGGCUUUCAAUAAAAUCAAGACAGGGAUUGGUAGAGUUUAAAAAUGAAGUAAAAUUUAUUGCAAAACUCCAGCAUCGAAAUCUGGUGAAACUUCUUGGCUGUUGCAUCCAUGAGCAAGAAAAAAUGUUGGUGUAUGAGUACAUGUCAAAUAGAAGUUUGGACUCCUUCAUUUUUGAUGAAAUUGAAAGAAAGCGGUUAAAUUGGUUUGAACGAUUCAACAUUAUUCUGGGAAUUGGUAGAGGUCUUAUAUAUCUUCAUCAAGAUUCAAGACUGAAAAUUAUUCAUAGAGAUUUAAAAGCAAGUAACAUUUUACUUGAUGACAAGUUGAUCCCAAAAAUAUCAGAUUUUGGGUUAGCUAAAACUUUUGGAGAAGAGCAAACAGAAGGCAAUACAAAUAAAAUAGUUGGAACUUAUGGAUACAUGGCACCAGAAUAUGCUGCAGAUGGGCUAUAUUCAGUGAAAUCUGAUGUCUUCAGUUAUGGCAUAUUGGUAUUGGAGAUUAUAUGUGGAAAGAAAAAUAGAGGAUUUUAUCUAGAAGACUCUAAGCACAACCUUAUUGGUUAUGCAUGGAUACUGUGGACAGAAGGAAGGGUCUUAGAAUUGAUUGAUCAGAACACAGAGGAGACGUGCAAUGUAUCAUCAAUAUUGAGAUCUAUUCAUGUGAGUUUAUUGUGUGUACAGCAGCGUCCAGAAGAUAGGCCCACUAUAGCAUCUGCAGUUUUGAUGUUGGAAAGUGAAGUAGAACUUGCUGAGCCUAAGCAGCCAGGUUUCUUUCAUGGGAAAGAUUCAGCUGAACCGCAUCAAAAGCAAUGUAGCUCAACCAAUGAAGUGACAAUGAGCUUACUUGAAGCCAGAUGAAUUUGGUCAUGUUGCGCAAAUUUAGGGGAGCAAUCCUUCAGAUGGUAGGAUGACACUGAAGACGAAUGUAGUAUGUAGAUAUUGGGUUUUGGGCUCCGAGGAAAUAAACAAGUUCAAGAAAUAGAUAAAACAGGUGAAGAGGUUUGCAGCUUGCUGCAAAAGAAACAAGGCGUUGCGUUUACAAGAUAAAUUCAGCCACUCUGUUAGAUAUUAUAUAGGUAGUUCAAGUUUUUUGGAUUAAUUGUAACUUUUCCCUCAAUUUUUUUCUAUAUAUACAUAUCCAUAAUUUAUUGGACAGUGAUAAA